AUGUGGGAUUAUCGGACACUCCGCUUUCUUCCUGAACAGGGUGUGCUGGGAAGUGCGCGGCCACGUGACUGUACUAGAGCAAGCCCAGAACAGCUCAAAGCGCGGAAAACAACAAGAGAAGCCGCUAUUGCAGUGUGGUGGACUGCACAUAGCGUCACUGUCUACUGCCCAUUCUGCCAUAGAACGCAUAACCACGGGAUACGACACUCUGCGAAUGAUGAGGAAUCAGGGCGUUUAAUACUCGGUGAUCGUGGCCAAUACACUUAUCGGGGUCCUUCACUUGAGCAUUGCGAGUCUCGUCGAGCGCAUUGCAACCAUGACAUUCCCGUGGAUGUCGAAUAUACUAUCCUUUUUCCCUUUGAAGCGGACCCAAGGGUAGAGGGGCUUUCCUUUGAGAUCGAGAUACUCUUUCCAAGCCCUCUAAACGAAAGAAGGGAACGAUUUCGCACUAUCGGCCUCGACAUGGAAGGGGAUGCUCCCGCAGGCAAAUCUGCUAUCUAUGAGCCAGAAGAGGAAAGGCAGCUACACACCCGUCUACAGUGCAUGGAGAUAGAGGAAGACGUCGACUUUGAUGUUUUGCUCAAGACUGGUGACAAAGAAUGGACUCAACCGAAAGAUGCAGAAGGUCCAAUAAUAUCCCACACCCCAUAG